AUGGUCCCCGUCUUCAAGAACCCCAAGUUCAACAUGCUGACCAUCCGCGACGACAUCACUCUGCUCAAACUGGCCACCCCAGCGCGGCUGUCGGCCCGUGUGUCCCCUGUCUGCCUGCCUCAGCCCACCGAUGACUUCCCAGGGGGCAUGACCUGCGUCACCACCGGCUGGGGGCUCACUGACCCCAAUGCCUCGGAGACUCCGACGGUGCUGCAGCAGGCAGCCCUGCCCCUGCUCACCAACCCGCAGUGCAAGCAGUACUGGGGAUACCGCAUCGCUGACGUGAUGGUGUGUGCCGGUGCUGAUGGUGCCUCCUCCUGCAUGGGCGACUCUGGGGGCCCGCUGGUGUGCCAGAAGGACGGUGUCUGGAACUUGGUGGGCAUCGUCUCCUGGGGCAGCAGCACCUGCGACCCCAACAUGCCCGGUGUCUACGCCCGCGUCACCAAGCUCCGCAACUGGAUCAACUCCGUCCUGGCGGCCAACUGAGGCCGGCAAUAAACGCUGCCAAACUCA